ACAUGAAGCUUUUGUUCCUCUCAUGUUUGCUGCUUCUCUGGGUAUCAUGCAACAGCGCUAACCAAGUUAGCAACCUCAAAACGUUGAUCAAGUCUAAAAAACAUCAAAAGCCUCUUCAGUCUCAGUUGCAGAAUGGCUUAGAUCAGGUCGGAAAUAACUCCGGUUCUCCUGUGAGCCAUGAUUUUGGAUCAAAGGAAGCUGAUAAGAUCGACGCUCUGCCGGGACAACCAACCGAAGGAGUGAAUUUUGAUCAGUAUGCAGGAUAUGUUACGGUUGACGCUACUGCUGGGAGAGCAUUGUUCUACUAUUUUGUAGAGUCGCCUCAGGACUCUUCAACCAAACCUCUGGUGCUAUGGUUGAAUGGAGGACCAGGAUGCUCAUCUCUUGGAUAUGGAGCCAUGGAAGAACUGGGACCGUUCAGAGUCAAUGGUGAUGGAGUUUCACUAUACAAGAAUUAUUAUGCAUGGAACAAUGAGGCAAAUGUCCUGUUCUUGGAGUCACCAGCAGGAGUUGGGUUCUCAUACUCAAACACAACAUCUGACUACCAAAACGUGGGCGAUAACAAAACUGCCUCAGACUCAUACAAGUUUCUUAUAAACUGGCUAGAAAAAUUUCCUGAAUACAAAACCAGAGACUUCUACAUCACCGGAGAGAGUUACGCCGGUCACUACGUACCUCAGCUUGCUUACACAAUCGUAUCUGAGAACAAAAUCACCAAUGAAACAAAAAUUAACCUCAAAGGAAUUGCAAUUGGGAAUGCCUGGAUUGAUGACAGUACCGGUGAUCAGGGUAAUUUUUAUUACUUGUGGACACAUGCUCUGAACUCUGACGAAACCAAUGCAGGAAUCAUCAAAUAUUGCGAUUUUGUUACGUAUAAUUACUCAGAUGCAUGUGAAAAGUUUAAGAAUCAAUCAGAUCAGGAGGCUGGAGAUAUUGAUCCUUACAACAUCUACGCUCCACUUUGCGAUUCAGAAUCGAAACCUGCAGGCAAAACUGGUGCAGUAUAUGAAUUUGAUCCAUGCUCUGACAUCUAUGUGAACACCUACCUAAAUCUUCCCGCAGUUCAAGCAGCUCUUCAUGCUAGACCCACACAAUGGUCAGCUUGCGGUGCUGUUGGCUGGACGGACAGCCCAAUGACCGUCCUCCCCAUAAUGCAAGAGCUCAUAGCUAAUGGAAUCAGAUUAUGGGUAUAUAGUGGAGAUGUUGAUUCAGUAGUAUCAGUGACAAGUACGAGAUACGCCAUAAACACGAUGAAAUUAAAGACUGAGACUCCAUUUCGGGCAUGGUACUCUAGCACAGAUGAGGUUGGGGGAUAUGUGAUUGAGUUCGAGGGGUUGGUAUUUGCAACAGUAAGGGGAGCAGGCCAUGAGGUUCCAAGCUACCAACCAGAGCGAUCACUCACCUUGUUCUCAGCUUUCAUUAAUGGAACACCACUGCCUUCAUCUUGAUCGAUCAGAAUAACAUUCUUCUUUCAUCUUGCUGUAACACC